UCCAGCAGCAUGAAGGAAUUCAUCCUCCUGGGCCUCUCAGAGAACCAAGGGGUGCAGAAAAUAUAUUUUGUGGUGUUCCUGCUUUUCUACACGCUCACAGUGGCAGGAAAUCUCACAGUUCUCACUGUGAUGAGCAGCAGGUGCCUGAACUCCCCCAUGCACUUCUUCCUCUGCCACCUUUCCUUUGUAGAUGUCUGUUACUCCUCUGUCACAGCUCCUCAAAUGAUUUCUGGCUUCCUGGUGGAAAAUAACACCAUCUCCUUUGCAGGUUGCAUAGGGCAGCACUUUGGGCUUUAUUUGUUUGGCUGCACAGAGGUUUUCAUCCUGACAGCCAUGGCCUACGACCGCUGCAUGGCCGUCUGCUUGUCCCUGCGCUACCCUGCGUUCACAUCCCACCGCCUCUGCGGCCGCAUGGUGGGGGUCUCCAGGGCGGGGGGCUUCCUGCAUUCCACCCUCCAGACCCUUCCCACCGCCCUGCUCCCUUUCUGUGGCCCCCACAAAGUCACCCACUAUUUCUGUGCUGUCCACCCCCUGCUCUCCCUGGCCUGCGCUGACACACGUGCCGGGGGCCUGGACGCGGUGGCCAACAGCGGGGUCAUAUCCCUGAGCUGCUUCCUCAUCCUGGUCACAUCCUACAUGGUCAUCCUGGCUUCCCUGAGGGGCCAAACGCUGGCGAGGUGGCACGAGGCCCUGUCCACGUCAGUGAUCCUGUGCCUUGGGCCCAGCACAUUUGUUUACAUCCACCCAUCCAGUGGCCUGUCCGAGGACAGGAGCAUGGCCGUGUUCUACACGUUCAUCACACCCAUGUUCAACCCCCGCACCUACCUCCUCCAGGAUGGGGAGGUGAAGGGAGCCAUGAGGAAACUGUGCAGGAGGAAAGUGGGAAGCAGAAAUGGGAAGGGGUAG